UUCAUCCAGUAUUAUCGAGACCGUCCUGUCGAUAACACCUCGACUCCAUCGAACCAGACCCAUUUGUUCAUCGUCUACCUUGAACAUGCACAUCGUACCUCACACCUAUCCCUUUUUAAUAUUUAAAGAUCGUCGAUUUGAAUGAUACCGGAAAGGUGGUCAUCUGAUUUCGGUGCAAGUGAAAAAUGAAAGUUAUAAAAUAAGAUCAUUGUUCAUGAAUCAUUUGUAGAGUGAUCCACUUUCUAAUUGACGAGGAUAAUCAAUCUGCGUGAUAUCGUGCCUGGUUACGGACAAUGAAUCUCGAAAGUAGACUGUGGAUGAUCAACAGUGAACAACGUUCUGUAAUUUUGUGAACUGACGAAGAAUAUUCCUUUGUGAAGCGAAAAAGAGAUAGAAACUUUGAAAAGAGCUAAGAGAGUGUGCUUCCGACAUGCGUUGGAUGAAGAUGAUACGAUGAGGUUCUCGUGUUUCCCGCGAGCAAGUAUCCUGGGACAGAGGGGUAGCAUCAAUCUUACCCCUCUGCCCGGCAACGUCGAGGCGAAUCAUGUGAACACCUUUAAUGUGAAUGGAAGUACAACGACCCCUGUGGCGACUAGUUACAAACGAUCCGGAGAAUUAGACGUAACUCACGGCGUGAUACGACCGCUACCUGGUAGCGCUGUAUCGAAUGGAACCGGUCCACCCCUAAGUUCCAGUGGAAAAGGUAAAGCACCGAUGCCACCCCGACAGGAUCAAAACCACCUUCCGACGCAUCAUGAAAAUGAACGGGAAGAUGCUAGAAGUUCCGAUGGUUCUGAUCAACCCUCUAAUAAUCCCAGAGGGGGUAUUAUUGGUAGAACUCCGACACCACCCUCUGCGCCUACCCCCGUUUACGAAAAGGAUUCCAAGAGUAGACGACUGAUCAAGAGAGCGAUUUUAGAGAACGAGUUCCUUGGAAAUCUUGAAGAGAACUUAGUAGAAGCACUGGUGUCUGCUAUGUACUCUAAAACGAUACCACCAAAUACUUUGGUUAUUAAAGAAGGAGAUAUAGGGUCCCAUCUCUAUGUGUCUGCGGAGGGAGAGUUCGACAUAUAUAAGGGUAAUAAAUUCCAAAGAAGUUUUGGACCAGGUAUCGCAUUCGGGGAAAUCGCUUUGUUGUACAACUCGAAAAGGCUUCGAUCAAUUAAUGUGAAGAAGGGUGGAAAAGUAUGGGUACUCGAUCGAUCAGUGUUCCUCACAGUGAUGAUGAGAACAGCUCAGGAAAGAUUAGAAGGGAACAUCCGGUUUCUUCGACAAGUAUCCGUUCUCCAAAAGUUACCAGAACCAAAGGACCACCUGCUUGCUAAAAUUUCCGAUCUGUUACGCGUGGAAUUCUUCCCAGCUGGGGCUAAAAUAGUGAGACAAGGAGAGAAGGGUGACAAAUUUUACAUAAUUAGCGGUGGAAAUGUUAGAAUCACUAAGGACACCGAAUACGGAGACGAAGAGGAGCUGGUAGUCCUCGGAAAGGGACAAUAUUUUGGGGAGAAGGCUCUUUAUGACGACGCCGGUGAAAAUCGACGACACGCUAACGUGGUCGCCCUGGCGCCUGGCGUCGAAUGUUUAACCCUGGACCGACAGUCGUUCUUGAAUGAUUUGGGCGGUCUCGAUGAAAUACGCAACAAAGAUUGGGUAGCGGAAUACGAGAGACAGAAACGAUCUUUGACACCGAAGAAAUGGACGAACAAGUACUCGAACGUGACAUUGGCCGAUUUGGAGACCAGAGGUACUCUGGGAGUUGGCGGAUUCGGACGGGUCGAAUUGGUCACUUUGAAAUCUGAUUCUCAGAAGAGUUUUGCCUUGAAGAAACUGAAGAAGAAGGAGAUGGUUGAACAGCAACAACAGGAGCAUGUGUUGAAUGAAAAACAUAUUAUGCAGGCAUGCGAAUCACCGUUUAUUUGCAAACUCUACCAGACCUACAAGGACAGCAAAUACGUCUAUUUCCUGAUGGAAGUCUGUCUAGGCGGUGACGUAUGGACGACUCUUCAAAGGAGACGAUAUUUCGAUGAUGCGACUGCCAAAUUUAUGGUGGGAUGCGUGGUGGAAGCUCUGGAUCAUCUUCAUUCGUUGAACAUCGUCUAUAGAGAUUUGAAACCGGAGAAUCUUAUGUUCGAUACUCGUGGAUAUUUAAAAUUAGUUGACUUCGGUUUCAGUAAAAAAAUUGGUCCAUCGAAAACCUGGACGUUCGCUGGCACACCUGAAUACGUGGCACCGGAGAUUAUUUUGAACAAAGGACACGACAGGGCGGUUGAUUACUGGGCUCUUGGAAUUUUGGCUCAUGAAUUACUAGUGGGUAAACCACCGUUCCGGGGUUCAGAUCAUAUGAGUACUUAUAAUAAAAUCUUGAAAGGAAUUGAAGUAGUUGGAAUACCAAGUAUCGUUAACAAAAAUGCAGACAGUCUGAUAAGAAAACUUCUUCGUAUAAGGCCCUCGGAACGUUUAGGAUAUCAGAAGAACGGUAUCCAAGAUAUUCGGGACCACAAAUGGUUCAAUGGAUUCAAUUGGCAAUCUUUACAAAAACUCAGAAUGCCAGCACCCAUCGUCCCUACGGUGCGAAGUGAAAUUGACACAAGGAAUUUCGAAACGUAUCACCCAGAUCGCAAUAUUCCACCUGACGAAUUCUCUGGAUGGGACACGAACUUUUAACGCAAGACAUCAUGAUAAUGAUUUAUUCAUUCGGAUAAUAAUGAAAAUCUUGAAUUAUUCAUUUUCCGACAAUACAUGAUAUCAGUAUUUCUCGAAACAAUGCUUUCAGAUCUUUCACUUCAGAUGCUUUCACUUUCCUUAUCUUUCUUGCUAUUAAAUCCUACAUCUUCUACUUCUGUGUUAAGGUAUUGUUUAAGAAAUAACGUAUCGUUUAAGAAAUUUAAUAAUUUUCAUUUAUUUUCCUUUUCACCUAAUAAAAAAUUUAGAACAGACGGAUGAAUUAUAAUCAAAUAUUAUACUUAGCAUCCUCAAAACGUAUCGUUACCUCUUUCACCUGCACCUUGAUCUUCAUCGCUCGAAGAUCCUUUGUGCAUACUAAAAAUUUUUUCAUCAAGUAUUUCGUACGCUAUUUGCUUCUGUUCCGCUUACAGCAAAUGGUCUUUGUAGCGAGGGUCCAAAACCAUAGUAAAAACGAAUGAUUACGCUGUAAUUAGAUAAGUCCAUCCCUGCGGAUGUAUAGGAUGAUUCAUAAAGAGAUACUCUGCGAUCGAAAAAGUUUAUUAUCAUGAGAACUAUUGAGUACGUCAUUGUUACCAGUUAUUAAUAAAUUGAUACGUGAGUUAA